CAGGCAUGGGUGGCAUUGGCAAAACAACACUUGCCAGAAAAGCUUAUGAUCAUCUCCCAAUCAGGUAUCAUUUUGACAUUCGUGUUUGGGUUACAAUAUCUCAAGAAUUUCGAUGUAGAAAUGUGUUGUUAGAUGCUUUACAUUGUAUUUCAGGGCCAAAUGUUUUCAACAGAAUAGAUUAUGAUAAGAAGGAUGACAAUGAGUUAGCCGACUUGGUGCAGAAAAACCUCAAGGGUCGAAGAUACCUUGUUGUUGUUGAUGAUAUUUGGAGUACGGAUGUCUGGGAUAGAAUAAGGAGAAUAUUUCCUGAUUACAACAAUAGGAGUCGAAUCUUAUUGACUAGUAGGGAAACUGAUGUAGCGAUGUAUGCAAAUAGUAGCAGUCCUCAUGAGAUGAACCUCUUAAAUUUAGAUAAUAGUUGGAAGUUACUUGGUGAUAAGGUGUUUGGACCAAAACAUGAUCAUCCUCCAGAGUUGGAAGAAAUUGGAAAGAAAAUAGUAGGAAAAUGCCAAGGACUACCCUUAACAAUUUCAGUGAUAGCGGGACAUCUUUCUAAAAUCGCCCGGACAUUAAAAAGUUGGAAGGAUGUUGCCCGAACCUUAGGUGAAAUCGUUGCUAGCCAUCCAAAUAAAUGCUUAGAAGUGCUCGGUUUGAGUUACCACCACUUACCUAAUCACCUCAAACAUUGCUUUCUUUCUAUGGGUAGUUUCCAAGAGGACUUUCAGGUUGAGACGGGGAGACUGAUCCAAUUAUGGAUUGCGGAAGGUUUUGUAAGGGCGUCUGAAAGUGGUAAAAACUUGGAGGAAGUGGCAGUAGAUUAUUUGGAGGAUCUUAUCAGCAGGAACUUGAUAUUGGCUCAAAAAAGGAGAUUCAAUGGUGAGAUAAAAGUAUGUGGAAUGCAUGAUCUACUGCGUGAAUUCUGUUUGAUCGAAGCUGAAAUGACAAAGUUUAUGCAUGUUGAGAGAACUGAGCUAGAUGUCCCUACUCUUCCAACACAAAAGCAUAAUGUUCGUCGCUUCAGUUUUCAAACCCAAUUUUAUUCAGUUGACGAUUGUUGUAAGCUAUUACCCCCUGUUGCCAGAUCUAUCUACUUAUUUUCUAGAUUGGAUCUACCUUUUGCGACACGUGUUAAGCUUCACGAGGUAUUGCCCAUCUACCACCGUCGUCCUAUAAUACAUGAAUUUUUCUCCCGUUUCCACCUUCUCAAGGUAUUGGCCAUCUUCCAUGAACAUGUAGGGUUCAAUUCAUUUCCACUAGUGAUUACAAAGUUAUUUCAUUUAAGAUAUAUCCAAGUUCGAUGUAACGGCAACAUUCCUGAUUCAAUUUCAGAGCUUCUGAAUUUGCAAACUCUUAUUACUCAUAGGAACAAAUACGAAGAGAAAACUUUACCAGGGAAGAUAUGGAUAAUGAAGAACUUGAGGCAUAUACAUCUGGGAGGACCCAGUUAUUUACCCAGUCCAAGAAGAGAAAGUAUUCUAAACAAGCAUCUCGUGUUAGGGAUGCCAAAUCUAGAGCAACUUUCUGGUCUUUGUUCCACCAGUUGUACAAAUGAAGUCUUUUCUGUCAUUCCCAAAAUAAAGAGAUUGAUCGUACUUUAUUCCCCAAAAGAUCAUAUGGCCAAUCGCCUCAUUGAUAUGUCCAGCUUGAGAAAACUCGAAGCAUUGAAGUGUUUCAGGAAAAGUAUAUUGCCAAGCUCCAUCAAAAGUUCUAUUUUCCCAACAUCAGUUAAGAGGUUGACUUUAGCUGGCUGGUUUCAAUUUCCUUGGUACGAAAUAUCAACUCUUGUCAUGUUGCCAAAUCUUGAAGAAGCUCAAAAUUAAAUAUAAUGCAGUCAGAGGUCAAACAUGGAGAUUGAGUGAUAAAGACAAGUUCGAACGCCUAAAUUAGUUGUUAUUUAACAGCCUAAAUCUUGAGUGUUGGGAAGCUAGCAGUGAUAGCUUCCCAAAUUUAAAACGCCUCGUUCUGAAAAAUUGCAACUAUAUCAAAGAAAUUCCAACAGAUUUUGGGGAAGUUUAUACUUUGGAGUCAAUUGAGUUACAUAAUUGCCCGACUCCUGUUGAGGAUUCUGCAAGAAAGAUUAAAUAAGAACAAGAGGACAUGGGAAAUAAUUGCUUUAAGGUCUAUA